AUGGCGACCGUGUGGCGUUCACAGUGCGCGUUUGCACGUUUUUUUGUCGGAAAAACCGGGCGGAUCCUGAACAAUUCUGCAGAUUUGGGAUCUACACUUGCACCGCAGUUAAUAUCGGUACCUAUCCAACAAAAAUAUUCAACUUAUACACGCUCACCUUUUGUACAUAAAAUAGAAGAACAAUAUGAUUUUGAAGUAGUAAAAAAUCCUCCUGAAUGGAAAUAUGUGGAGCGACUAUUACCGUUCGACACCAUUCCAGAAGUUACUCCAAAAGAAUCAUACCCAUCCGGAUGGGUUCCACCAAAGGAAGAAGCAAAAAAUUUGCCAUACUUUAUACCAAGAACAAAGAACCAUGAAAUUCCAAUAUAUUUAUGUUUAACUCAUAGGGGUAAUAGAAAAAUAUCUAAGAUUAAAAAAAUAGAGGGCGAUAUUUGGCUAAUGAAUGACUUAAUAAAAGAUCAUGUAGCUAAAGUUAGCAAUCGCUAUGUUGAAACUAGGGUCCAUGAAUUGGGAAAAUUUAUUGAAGUUAAAGGUGAUUUUGUAAACGCUUUAAAAGAAUGGGCCUAUUCUCAUGGAUUU